GCGAUCGGCCCGGUAUAAAGUACCUGAGCGCUCCGAGCGGCCCUCCAUUCCGAGCCGCCUCCGUCCAGCGAUCGCGUCAGCCAUGGUCCGGGCGGCGAACCCGCCUCACCCCCUGCUGCUAGUCACGGCGGUGGCGACGGUGUGUGCAGCCCUGCCGCAGGCCGUGCUGGCCAUCGACCUCGCCAAGCUCUACGGCCACGUCGGCGCUAAACGGGGUGAUGCGUGUCACCCAUACGAACCAUUCAAAUGUCCCGGAGAUGGCAACUGCAUCUCCAUACAGUACCUGUGCGACGGCGCGCCGGACUGUCCAGACGGCUACGACGAAGACUCCCGACUGUGCACGGCGGCCAAAAGGCCUCCGGUAGAGGAGACCGGAAGUUUCCUGAAAUCCCUCCUAGCCAGCCACGGGCCGAACUACUUGGAGAAGCUGUUCGGCAGCAAGGCCAGAGACGCCCUGAAACCCCUAGGAGGGGUUGACAAAGUUGCAAUAGCUCUAUCUGAAUCGCAAACAAUCGAAGACUUCGGGGCCGCGCUACACUUGAUGAGGUCAGAUUUGGAGCACUUGCGUUCGGUGUUCAUGGCCGUAGAAAAUGGCGAUUUGGGAAUGCUGAAAUCGUUAGGGAUCAAAGAUUCCGAGUUGGGUGACGUGAAAUUCUUCUUGGAAAAAUUGGUGAACACGGGAUUUUUAGACUGAACCAUACUCGACCCUGCUGCUACCCUGCUCUUCGCUCAUCCUCAGCCCCAUAUUCCUUUAAGUAAAAAUUUCUACUCUUACCUUCCUUAUUAGUCUGCCUGUCUGUUUCCUUAUUCAGCAGCAGAGUCCGUUAUGAUCCGUCCCCUAUCAUUCCCUUGAAUCAUACAUAGGCAAAGAGCCCUUUUUUGUCUCUUAAAGGGAGCCGAUCAAUCGACGGCCAAUAAACAGACUUAUGAAUACAUAUCAAGGCACCUAAGGUCUUUGGAAACGGCACAUAUCAUACUAAGUGUAUUGUUAUUCUGUAAGGAGAUGUGUGAUCACUUUACACAGGUUUAUAUUUAUUAAUUAGUGAGUAAAUGUUAAUUCAGAUCUUAAUGUUUUUAAAGAGUUGUAUCUCUUGUUGUUGUCAUUAUUGUGAUCACUCGAGAGUAGAGUAGGUAUAUACAUAUAUAUGUAUAUAUAUAUAUUUAAAUAUUAUGAGAGAUACGACUCCCAUUACAGUUAAUGUGGCACUAAUUUUUUCAGGUUAAGAUUAGGACUUUAUUGAAACAAUCCCUACCGGCGGGCCCGGUUCACUUAAGCUUGAACACCUUUCCGAGGAAGAGAAGACAGCAGAGUAGCGAAAAGUAUGUUGCGACAAAAUGGUGCAGGGUAACGAACGGCCUGCUGCUCUACUGUUUUUCGUGUCUUGGAGAGGUCUUCGAGCAGGCUACGACAGGUUGUCAGGCACGGCGUUCCAAGGGCCUAAUGCGCUCAACCCUAACGGCCUGUCGUCAACCUAGCAGUCCCCAUGUGAUUCUUUGUACAUAUCUUAUUCGGUGCCGGAUUUCGCAGCUCUCUCAAGAUAACGACCUGACAUUUACCACCUACAUAUGAAGAUGAGCGCGGAAUCCGCCAUCCAGAAAAUACCAGCACAAUCACAUCCGCAACGCGAAAAAUUAUAAUCUAAGUCAAUAUAAGAUAUAUAUACCUACAUCAAAUAUAUAUAUAUAUAUUUAUAAAGUUUACAAAUAUAUUUUUUCGACCGGUAGUGGACAUGUUUGUGUUUGGUGCGCGAUAAGAUAACUUCUCUAAAGUACCUCCCAUACUGAAAACAUAUCAUGUACAAGGCUGGUCUCUUAAUUAAAUAUUAGAUACAUAUCAGAUGUUUUUUAUCAUCAUGAUAUCAAUGCAUUAUUUAUUCAUUGUGAAGUGGAAUUUCUAAUUAAAUAAAUAUAUUAAACAAUAGUCCAUUCAUUUCAUUCCUCAUCAUGUUUAAAAGAAUAUAGACAAGAAAUUAUUCAAUAUGGUGCAUAUUUUUCACCAAUAACUCAUACAGAAAUUCAUUUGAAAUUUAGGUGAAAAUGAAAACGCUGAAAUACGCCCAGCAAACAUCAAAUCUCUGGCCCAGUGCAUGAUAGAUCGGCAGAUUGCUGGCAAUGGCCAAGCUUCACUGGUCAAACGUCGUAUGGCAUAUUGUAAUCGUUUGCCUAUAAUGCAGCCGGCACUGGGCCAGUAGUGUCAAUUCGUAUUAUUUUUUUACUUACGUCAUACAAUCGUCUACCCAUUAUAUGGUAUAUUGAAAUCGUUCAACUAUAAUCUAACCGGCACCGUGCCAAAUAGAGUAUGAUUAUAUUUCAGUUUCAAUUGAAAAAUCUGAUUUUUAG